UAAAAAUUAGAUUAAGUCAGUGACGGAGGUGCUCCGUCACACGCGUGCCUGAUUAGUGGACGACCCGCCCUACCUCUGAGCCACAGCCGUCCUUUAGAGAAGUAAUGGGUCAGUCACUUGCAGGGUCAUUCACGAUUCUUAGCACGAGAGGGACUAUUCUUCCGUGAAAAGCUUUGUAAAAUUCAUAGCCAAAGCCAUCUGGACCUGGGGAAUGCUCUAGUAGCUUCUGAAAGAUCUGUCUCAGAGAUUUGAGUGUCAUUGUCAUCCCUGGAUACAUCAUGUAAUUGUGGAAUGUUUGGAUUGUACCCAGAGAGAGAGAGAAAGAGAGAGAGAGAGAGAGAGCAUCAUUGUGAUUGAAUAAUUCGGUGGAUAACAUCAAACGCAGACAUGUACGGGUUCAUAAACAGCUGCCUCCAGUCUCUGGUGAUGGAAAGGUUUGGCCAUGAAACCUGGGACAAACUAAGCUCUCUACCAGGAGUCCAGGAUACCUUCAUGACAUACAUGGUUUAUGAUGAUAUACUGACCCUAAGUCUGGUUCAGGAAGCCUGUUCACUGCUGGAUAUCCCCGCUGAUGUAUUUCUUAAUCUUUUUGGAGAACAUUUCUUUCUUUUUUGUAAGCAAGCGGGGUAUGACACCAUGCUGAGAACACUGGGAGGAAAUCUUAUUGAAUUCAUUGGGAAUCUGGAUGCUCUCCAUAGCUACCUGGCUUUGUCCUACCAGGAAAUGAAUGCGCCAUCUUUCCGAGUGGAGAUGACAGAAGAUGGGGAUAUGCUUCUUCACUACUACUCUGAUAGGAAGGGGCUGUACCAUAUUGUGCCUGGUAUCAUACAGGCAGUUGCCAAAGAGUUUUUUAAUAGCAGAGUGACUAUGACGGUUCUCAAUCAAUCGGAAGAAGUUGAGCGCACAGGGAAGAAGGAGCAUGUCGUAUUUCUGGUUAAACAGACCAACCAAGCUCACAAGACUAGAGACCAGGACCAGUCCAGUGACAGAGGGGAGGCAUUAUUCAGAACAAUGAGGGACAGGUGUGUUUCGCUGGCUGGGAAAAAGAGAGGCUGGAACCUGAUCAGGGCUGUGGUUUAUGCAGAAAAAGGCAGCCUCCAGUGCAUUUUCAGUCCAUGUUACCCUAACAAGCUGUGGAUGGAAGAGAAAGCUUUCUGUAAUGCCUUUCCUUUCCAUGUUGUCUUUGAUGAAGAUCUGAAGGUAAGGCAGACAGGGGUGAACAUACAAAAGUUUGUUCCAGGUCUCCAGGCCAAAGAUGCUACGUUGGACCAAUACUUCACCAUUAUACACCCACAGGUAACUUUUACCAUUGAGAGCAUCAGGAAAUUCAUCAACAGUCAGUUUGUCUUGAAGAGCUACAAAGACAAAAACUCCAUACUCAAACUAAGAGGUCAAAUGUUGUGGAUGGAGUCUCUUGGCUGUAUGUUGUACCUGUGUUCUCCGAAGCUACGAAGCCUCCAGGAACUUCAAGAUGUGGGCCUACACCUGGCAGACCUGGCCCAGCAUGAUGUCACCAGAGACCUCGUUCUCCUUAACCAGCAACGUCUAGCUGAGAUGGAGCUCACCAACCAACUGGAAAGGAAAAAAGAGGAACUUAGAAUCCUAUCGCAGCACUUAGAGGCUGAAAAAGAGAAGACAGAGACUCUGCUGUAUGCCAUGCUGCCACGUCACAUAGCCAAUCAGCUUAAAGAUGGGAAGAGCGUAAAGGCAGGGGACUUUGAGGUGUGCACUAUUUUGUUCAGUGAUGUGGUAACCUUCACAAAUAUCUGCGCUGCCUGUGAGCCCAUCCAUAUUGUUCACAUGCUCAACUCCAUGUACUCCAAGUUCGACAGACUCACCAACAUACAUGAUAUCUAUAAGAUAUUAAUUGACUUCCUAAAGGUUGAGACUAUUGGUGAUGCAUACAUGGUGGUGGGUGGCGUUCCAGUCCCUACAGAAACCCAUGCUUUCAGAGUGGCAAAUUUUGCUUUGGGUAUGAGGAUAGCAGCCAGAGAGGUCACCAACCCGGUUACAGGCAAACCCAUACAGAUCCGUGUGGGUCUCCAUACAGGUCCAGUGUUAGCUGGGGUGGUUGGGGAGAAGAUGCCUCGCUACUGCCUGUUUGGAGACACUGUUAACACAGCCUCCAGGAUGGAGAGUCAUGGAGUCCCUGACCACAUUCACCUCAGCUCUUCCACAUACAGUGAGCUGGAGAAUGCAGGCUUCAACAUCCAAGAGCGUGGGCAGAUUGAGGUGAAGGGUAAAGGCCAGAUGACCACUUACUUCCUGUUGGGCAACCUGUUGGUGUCAGAAGAUGGCAUCAUGGGAAAAGAGGAUGGAGGGACCUGUCUUUACACGGAGGACCUUCGUGGUCAGAGGAAAAAAGAGUGUGGUGUGAGAGCUGAGUGGAGAGAUGCACCCUCAGAUGGAGUCAUUGCCCUGGACGACAGCCACUUAGACACAGUCACUCCCUUUGCCUGGGACAUCAGCCCGCCAUAUGAGACCAAUGAGAACAGCUCCAAUACACCUGCAAACAACAUCAAUAGCAGACUCUGUGUGUUACUCUGACUGAGAACUCCUUCAGCCUCUUAUAGCUCACUGAAGUCUAACUAUUCUAGGCUUUGCCAUUCAGCAAAAGCUCAUCAGACAGAAAAAUAUACCUUUACAUAACUUUAUUGCAGCUCCAAUAGCAUGACAAGGAGAGGGGACAAGAUAACAACAAUGUUAUCUAGUUAAAUUAUUAAUAGGUUAGUAACAGGGAAAACUCAACUCUAAACCACACUGACACUAUUAAGUAACAGUCCAGCUUUGCAAACCGACUGCAACCUGUAGAAAGCAACAUAUAUCCACUUUUCUCUUAAUCAGUUCCAGAUUCAAACCCAGCUAUUAUGAUAUUAGUACUGUACAGGCACAUAAUGGUGAACAGGGUUAAAAAUAAAUACAAACAUAAAA